UUUGAAAAGUACCCCUUUUAUUACCCUAUCUACUCUUUCAGCGGCUGCCUCUCUGUGUCAAGAAUUCUGUGAAUGAAAAAGGCAAAAACUAGUGAAAAUCCUUCCAGCCAUCUUCCUCUUACUCCAAACCCAGGAAUUCAAGCCUUCUAUUUAACGUUGUAUUUGAUGGUCACAGAACGUCAGGUGGACAAAGAGAGAAAAUUGAAAAACCCAGAUGAGAAUCAUGAGAUGUAGAAUUGAAAAAGAAGAAUAAGGAAUUGGUGUUUUCUUCCUGCCAAGAAUAGCUCUUUCUGUCUUGGUGAUUGACCCACCCUUAAAGAAUGCUUCAAAGUAAACAGCUAUAGAAAUUUGAUGUGAACAAAAUUAGAACAGUCUUGCACUCUGGCUAUCCAAGCAUUCUGGGAAGUGAUGAUAAUUGAAACGGAGUUGAUGAAAGAGCUCUCUGUAAUGUUCCUACAAUGAACUGUACAACUGCAAUCCAAAUGGAAGUAGAGGCACUACCUUUAUUCAAACUGAAGCCAAUCACUCGUUUCUUUCCCAAUUCUCGGAAAACUGGAAGUGGGAUGAUGAGCAUAACAAUGAGAGACAGAAGCAAGAACAGAAAGCCCCUUCAGAGGGGAAGGAAUCUCAGCAUCGAGGCCAUCCAGGCAGUUCAGGCACUGAAGCGGGCAGUCAGCUCUGAGGUGCUUCUGGAGCAAGUAUUUGAUACCAAAUUCAGGCGUUUACUAAAGUUUGAUAUGAUUGCUGUCCUUCGUGAACUUCUCCGUCAGAACCAAUGCCUUUUGGCCCUUAAGGUUUUUAAGGAUGUCCGGAACGAGUACUGGUAUAAGCCUCAACUCUCUUUGUAUGCUGAAAUUGUCACAGCUCUUGGACACAAUGGACUGCUUGAAAAGGUAGAAUUUAUUGUCAAGGAAUUGAAAUCAGAAAUUAAUUUAGAGCCAGAUCUUGAGGGCUUCAACGCGUUGCUGGAAAGUUUGAUGAAUUUGAACCUCACUGGUUUAGCAAUGGAGUGCUUUUACUUGAUGAAAUCGUCAUCAUGCGAUCCAGAUAGGUUAUCUUUUAAAAUCUUAAUAAAUGGCUUAGAAUCGACUGGAGACACGAAUAAUUUGGCUAUUGUACAAAAGGAAUCACAAAAAUAUUAUGGAGAUUUUCUUACUUUCUUCGAAACGGAAGAAACUGUGAUGAGCUAAGACUGUGUAUUGAUAUGAUUUAAUCCUUGUAACCUAUGAUUAUAUGAUUUAAAUGUGCUUGAACACUUUGUAAGUUU